GGGGGAGGAAAGGGAGCGGGUGGGUAGCAACAGUUGCCCUGGUGAGGACGAAGCGCCAUAGCCACGGUAGCCCUGGCGACCAGAACCCAGCAACGAGAAUCAACAACAACAACUGAAUCCGCCAUAAAGAAUUAAAAAACGAUAAUUCAUCAGCGUGGAGCCAGAGGUGAAGCUUUAGGGUGAUUAUUAGUUCUUGUAAUGGCCACCUCAUCCUACGUAGGGGAGAUCCCACCAACAGGCCAAACUCAGGGGGCUGCUGUUACCGUGACACCAGGACAGCCUGACGCUGCUUCCACCCCUGCAACCACCCCUCAGUUUUUAGCAGAKAUUCAAACUACCGUGGCUGCUCCCACUGUCGUCACACCCUCGGGCCAAACAGCUCCUACUGAACAGACGUCCUCCAUAAUCGCUCCGAAGCCUGCAGCUGCAAGCCAAACCCAAACCACCGCACAGGCGCCGCCGGCUCAGGCGCAGUAUGUGACGGCGGAGAUCCAGGGUUCCCCCACACAGUCUGGAAAYGCUCAGAGCACACCUCAGUACAUCGUUGUUACUGUCACAGAGGGUUCCCUUCACUCAAGUGACAGCGUGUCAGACUCCAGCCCACCUCCAGCUGUUGUACAGACAGGAGUUCCUACACAAGUUGUUCAGCAAGUGCAGGCAGCCCAACAGAGGUCUGUGGUGCAGGCCACCUCUCAGAUAACUAAAACUGAGCCAG